GGAGGGAAACGCGGCGGUCCCACGCGAACCUGGCGUGGGUGUUGCCAUAGCCCGGCAUCCCUGGGGGCGAGGCGGUGGCUCCUGCCCGGCGCUCCCAGCGGCGGCUGCCUGACUCCCUUCCCGCCUGGCCCCGCGGCCCGGUCGUUGCGGGCGCGCCUCGCUCUCCAGGUGGGCGGGAGUGGGGGGCCCAAGUGUGUGCCGGCUAGCGGGCCUCCCGGCGUCCCCGGGCCCGGCGCCCACUUUGCUUUCCAGGUGCUGGGACUAGAGAGGCGCCCCGAAGCCGAUCUCUUGCCCCCUCGCUCCGCUCCAGGUGACGCCCACCCACCCUCCGCCUUUCGGUGGCGUUCUGGGCCCUGGGCCCUGGCGGCGGAGCCGAGGCGACCCCCGUCCCCCCGCCAGCUUGGCCUUGGGAAGGUCCAGGAGGGACGAACGGGGCCAAAAGACGCCCUGGUGAGACCGUUAACCAGCCACCCGCUGACAGCACCUUGGGGGAUUAAAUGACCGCGCUGUGGCUUGUUACACUGCAUUUUCAGAAAAACCCGAAUUUGGGAAGGUUCCUCAGUUCCCAGACUCGCUGGAGAGAACAAGGAUAUUGAAAUUACCAUUAUCUGGAGAGCUGAAAGAAAUUCAAAAUGGUUUAGGCCUUUUCAUAUGUUAGGAAUAAUCCCUGAAGCGUGUACUUUAUGUACCUUGCCAAUCUUAGCAGUCAUCAUGCUGCUGCAGGUUUCAAUUGUCCAAACUAGAGUUUUUAAUCGGUAAUACUUUGGCAUGAGUUUUGAAGGCAAAGAAAGAUUUUCUUGUUUGGAAGCUCACAUAACGACAUCUAAGAUCUCAAGAUUUACUGAUGAAUAUUAUAAAGGAAACAUUGUGAAGAUGUCAGAGAGACGUUCAAGCCAAGCUUGCAGUGGAGCAGAAAAUGAGGUGGACUCUCCUACUGUCAACUUCAAAUCCUCCAGAUUCAGAGAUUUCUGUUCCACAUCUUCAUUUCAAGAUAGUGGCUACAAUGAGUUGUUACAACCUUGCAACUUUGGUAGUGCAGAUAAAGAAUUUUUUGGAAAGAAAGAAAAAGGCCCAACAUUAAUCCAUGAACAUCCUGAAACUUCAAAUCUGGGCUUAACUCAUCCUUUAGAAUCUCCAACUCAAAAAAAGAGAUUUGUCUUUUCUAGGAAGGAAAAUGAUAAAACUCCAGAACUUUGUGAAACCCCUAAAGUCAGUGGAAAAAAAUUUUUACUGCGUAGAAGGUUGGACAUAUCUUUCUCUCUCCUAAAGGGGUACUGUGAAUCACAAAACAGUUCUCUAGAAAGUAGUAUAAACCAAGUCCUCAACUUAGAAAAAAAUAAUCCAAGCUGUGCUGCAAGUUUUCCAAGGCAAACCAAUUUUAGUCCUUUAGUUACUAGUACUUUGAAAACAGAAGAAACAACUUCCAGCAGUCAAAAAUUGAGACUUAAUUUUUCUCAACAGAAGACUUCCACAGUUGAUGAUUCCAAAGAUGACUGUAGCCUAUUUGAAGUUGAAUGUAUAUCUCCGAUUCAGGGCAAUAGUUUUAAAGACUCUAUCACAUAUGACCUUAGUGAUAGCAGUCUGUUUGUUAAUGAUGAGAAUACAUAUCCCAAACUUCUGGGCUCUUCUGCUAGUCAAACAUCUUGUGGAACAAAUGAGAAUUUAUGUGUGACUCCAAUAAGUAAUCUUGUAGCAAACAUUAAAUUUAAUGCAAGUCAAAGGCUCUCUCCUUCAGCUGAAGUGAGGGGCAAUAUUUCAACACCUGAAGACAGUGGUUUUAACUCACUUUGUUUGGAUAAAUCAGAAGAUUCCCUCUCUGACCAGGAGGGUUCUUUUCGAGAACUUUGGAAACAUAAGGGAACUGUCAAAGUGGGGGACACCAUUAAAAAGUCAGGGCAUCUUCGGAGGCUGAGAAGAUUGUCCACCCUUCAGGAACAAAGCUCACAGUCUGAGACAGAAAGGGACUCUGACUUGGAAGCAACACCAGCAACUGCUUCAGACACGUCGGAGAAUCAGCUGAGCAGUGACAAUGAGAUUUUAAGCUUUAAGAAUUUAUCAAAGACCCCAGCCUUGCAGUUAGUGCAUGAGCUCUUUAUGAGAAACAAAAGAAAAAGAUUCCAGCAAAAUGGUGCACAUGAAUUCUUAGAAGAGAAGGAUGGGGGGCAAAUAGCUGUACUACAGUGUGUACUUGCAGGACUGAUUGGCAAGAAAAUGGGUAUAGAAAAACUGGACAUCUUAACGGAAUUAAAAUAUAGAAAUUUAAAACAUAUUCUUGCUAUGGUUUUCGAUUCCUUGACUGCAGAAAGCCUAUGCAGUGUUUGGAAAGUGAGCAGAAAUUGGCGAGAAAUUAUUGUUCAAGAUAAAAAAGCAAAUCGGAGGAGGAAAUGUUAUAUCUCACAACUGAAAGCAGAUUCUGAGGGGGCUAUAUUAAAUGUUGAGGAUGCUGCCACUCGGCUCCAUCUUUUAAAUCGAUCAGCUUUAAGAUCUGUACAAGCUCAGGCUAGGAUACCAGGUUUUCAGAAAGGAGAAGUUUCAACAUUUUCUCCUUGGGGAGAAGUUUUGACACCUACAGCAAGCUCUUCUGUUACUCCCUUAAGUAGUAAACAAGAUGAAUAUGUUAAGGUUGCCAAAACACUAUUUAUUGAUGAAGCAUUAAAACCUUGCCCCAGGUGCCAAUCCCCUGCUAAGUACCAGCCGUAUAAGAAAAGGGGACUGUGCAGCAGUACAGCCUGUGGUUUUGACUUUUGUGUGUUAUGUUUGUGUGCUUAUCAUGGGUCUGAAGAAUGUAGUAGAGGAGCAGCAAAGCCGAGAAAUAGGAAAGAUGCUCUUCCAGGAAGUGCCCAGAGUAAGCGGAAUUUAAAACGCCUUUGAGGAGACUCUCAAAUAAAAGAAGCAUUCCCCCUAAACAGCGUUUUGUCUGACUUAAAAUUAUGAAUAUUUUGAAAGCAUGCAACAUUUCCCAUUAAUGACAGAUGGUGAUUUAUUUCCUAUUUUGUAUAUAUCAUAAUCUAUGUCUGUAUUCUUUAAAGUGAUGAGUUUGAAAAAAUUUUAUUUUACUGUGUCACAUUUUCCCAUUUUAAUAAGUGUUUUUAAAUAAAGAGUUUUUAAUGUUGUCAUAUAUAUGUAUUUAACUGUUUCAUGUAACCUUUGAAAAUUGUGCAUUUCAUCACUUUGUGUUGAAAUGUUCUUCGAUCACUUUUUAAAAAUAGUUUUCCAAGUAAUAUUACAAAUUUUGAACUUGAGACA